CGACGCACUCACGGCUGUGUGUGCAAUGCAAUGUGUGUGUGACUGAUGAUUUUUAGAUCAUAUGUAAUAAUGACAAUAGAACAUCAAGCAACUGAUUGCAUCAGGAUAACCGAUCAAGUGGACAGACAGGAUCAAUUAAAUUCAUUUGGAUUAACGCGUGCAUUCCUGCGUGGAUUUGGACAUAUGUGAAAACCCCGGUGUGUGUGUGUGUGUGUGUGUGUGUGUGUGUGUGUGGAUCAGCAGCAUCACCGAACAUCAUCAACACGUCUCUAUCUAAACAUGUGUUUCACUUAAGACAGGUUUCCGUUCUCUUGUAUUGAUCUGAAGUGUUUUGAUGGAGGGUUCAGUGAUAGUUCAGGGAUCAAGGGUCAAUGGAUAGUGUUGGGUUUCAACCUUCAACCUUUCUGUGAACAGCUGAGAUCUUCAACCCCUGAGUCACUACUCCAUCCUUGCAGACCUGAGCCGCUUAUGUGUGUGUUAGACGCGCCGUGCGCCGCAGAAGGGUCCAUGAGAAACGCGUCGCGACCCUCACUGCCAUGAGUCUGAUCGAUCAUGGCCAGGAACACUUCUCUGUUCUUUCGCAUCGUUGAGGGACGAAAUCUGCCCGCUAAAGAUGUUUCUGGCACCAGUGAUCCGUACUGCAUCGUUAAAGUUGACAAUGAGGCCGUGGCCAGAACAGCGACUAUCUGGAAAAACUUGAAUCCAUUCUGGGGGGAAGAGUACACUCUUCAUCUGCCAAUGGGCUUCCAUACGCUCACCUUCUACGUCAUGGACGAAGACACUAUUAGUCAUGAUGAUGUCAUAGGAAAAAUCUCCCUGAGUAAAGACGUGAUCGCUGCUCAACCCAAAGGUUUAGAUAACUGGUUGAAUCUGACUCGUGUGGAUCCAGAUGAAGAGAUUCAGGGUGAGAUUCAUUUGGCUCUGGAACUCCACAGGGACGCUCAGAGGACCUGCCUACACUGUCACAUCAUUGAAGCCCGAGAUUUGGCUCCACGUGAUAUCUCUGGUACCUCCGAUCCUUUCACCAGAAUCAUCUACAACAACAUCAGCGCUGAUACAUCGAUCAUAAAGAAGACACGGUUCCCACACUGGGACGAGACUCUGGAGUUGUGUUUGGAUAACGUAGAGGAUGAUGGAGGAACCAUCAUGGUGGAGGUCUGGGACUGGGACAUGGUGGGCAAGAAUGACUUUCUGGGGAAGGUGGAAAUUCCUCUGUCGUGUCUGCACAGAACUCCAGUUCUGCAGCGCUGGUUUCGUCUAAUGCCACUGGGAAACACAGAAGAUGACGCUGGGGGUAAACUGGGUGCUUUGCGUCUGAAGGUGCGUCUGGCAGAGGAGAGAAUUCUUCCGUCUGUAUACUAUCAGCCUCUGAUCGAUCUGCUCUUGGAGACGGUCAUCUCUCCAUCCGAGGUCAAUGACCCGUCACCUUUGACCCUGCUGGAAGAGGUCACCACAGUAGAGAGUCGUCAGGACGUCGCCAUGACGCUGGUGAAGAUUUAUCUCGGCCAGGGUUUGGUCGUGCCAUUUCUGGACCUCCUGAACACCAGAGAAGUCCACAACACCACAGAUCCAAACACACUCUUCCGGUCAAACUCACUGGCCUCCAAAGCGAUGGAACAGUUCAUGAAGGCUGUGGGAAUGCUGUAUCUACAUGAGCUUCUGAAGCCUAUAAUUAAUCGAAUCUUUGAGGAACGGAAAUACAUCGAGCUCGAUCCGUGCAAGAUAGACUUGAACCGCUCCAGACGAAUCUCAUUUAAAGGAGGCGUGUCAGAAGCGGAGGUGAGAGAGAGCAGCGUCGGUCUGCUGCAGACGUAUCUCACCAGCAUCAUGGAGGCCAUCGUGAGCUCGGUGUCCCAGUGUCCUCCUGUGAUGAGGGUCGUGUUCAAACAACUCCACAAACGAGUGGAGGAACAGUUUCCAGAACCGGAGAACGAGGAUGUGAAGUAUUUGGCCAUCAGCGGCUUCUUCUUCCUGCGUCUGUUUGCUCCUGCCAUUCUGACACCCAAACUCUUCCAGCUGAGAGACCAUCACGCAGACACACGCACCAGCAGAACCCUACUGCUGCUCGCCAAGGCUCUUCAGAGUGUUGGUAAUUUGGGGUUACAGUUGGGUCACGGGAAGGAGCAGUGGAUGACCCCUCUGCAUCCCAUCAUUCAUUGCAGUGUGGCGUCUGUUAAAGAUUUCCUGGACAAACUUGUGGACAUCAACCACGAUAACGUGUGUGAAGCUCCUCAGCGCGCCGUGUUUUUACCAUCAGUCAUCGUGAAGGAAGGAUUCCUGCAGAAACACAAAGCUGACGGGCCGCAGCUCAUCAAACGCUUCGCUUUCAAGAAACGAUAUUUCUGGCUCAGCUCAGAGAUGCUGUCGUACGCCAAGAGCCCCGACUGGCAGAUCCGCUCCUCUAUCCCUAUCCAGUGUGUGUGUGCGGUGGAGAGAGUGGAUGAAAACGCAUUUCAGCUGCAGAACGUCAUGCAGGUUAUCACAAAGGAGACAGAUGGACAACUGCACACCACAUACCUGCAGUGCAAGAGUGUGAAUGAACUGAAUCAGUGGCUGUCAGCGAUCAGGAAAGUGAGUAUUUAUAAUGAACACAUGCUGCCGUCGUUCCACCCGGGAGCUCACCGCAGUAACAAAUGGACCUGCUGCCUGCAGCCCGACCGCACAGCGUCGGGCUGCAGUCGGACUCAUUCUGCCGUGACUCUGGGCGACUGGACUGAUCCAUUAGAUCCUGAUGCUGAAACACAGAUCAUAUACAAAGAACUGCUGCAGGGACGAGACAAACUCAGGAAGCAAUACCUGGAGAGACAGGAAACACAGUCAGAUGAACAGGAAGAGACGUCGAUGAAGGCCAAUCACAUGUCAUCAGUGUGUGCGCAGGGUCGCUGUGAGCGUGCACGGGCCGUCACCUCACGUCUGCUGGACAUUAUUCUGGAUUUAGAGCGAGCUCAUUCGUCCUUCCAGAGUCGCGAGAGAGACGAGAGCGGUCCGCUCAUACUGACCUCGUGAAGAACGUGAAGCAGCGACGAACUGUACAAUUACAAUUAUGCAAUCUGAUGUUCUGGAAUGAUUCAUUAAUAUUGUACAAGUCUUUCAAUCAAACUCAACUUACAGUCCAAAAUCAUUUUCUUAAUCUGUAUUUUGGUUUUGUUUUCCAGUCUAAAUAUCUAAACAUCCAUAAAACAAGAUAUAUUAAUAUAUUAAUAACAAAAGUGCAAAAGAUUCAAUCACGUGUUUCAACAUUAAUGUGCCAUUUUUCUUGUUUUACUGGCAGUUUUUGUUUUUUAUGCUUUAACCAUUAUGUUCUGAUCCAGAUUACUUUUUUACACACACACAAACACACACGCACACACACACACGCACGCGCACACACACACACACACACACAUGUUGGUCUACCUAUCAUUAUGAGGACUUUCCAUAGACAUAAUGACUUUUAUACUGUAUAAACUAUAGAUUCUAUCCCCUAAACCUAACCCAACCCCUAAACCUAACCCUCACAGAAAACAUUCUGCAUUUUUACAUUUUCAAUAAAACAUUGUUUAGUAUGAUUUUUAAGCGAUUUGAAUUAUGGGGACACUAGAAAUGUCCUCAUAAAUCACAUUUAUAGCAUAAUAACCUUGUAAUUACUAAUUUGUAACUUACAAAAUUGUCCUCGUAAAUCACAAAAACACGCACACACACUCAUACACACACAUAUACACACACACACACACUCACACACACUCACACACACACACACUCACACACACACAUACACACACACACACACACACACACACACACUCAUAUACACACACACACACUCAUAUACACACACACACACACUCACACACACACACUCACAUACACACACACACACACUCACACACACACACUCACACACACUCAUACACACUCAUACACACACACUCACACACACACACACACAUACAUACACACACACUCACACACUCACACACACACACACAUACACACACACACACACACAUACACACA